AUGGCAGGAGAAUGGCAGGAGAAAGAACCACGAAAUGGCGACUCAUUAGUCGACAUAACUGAUGGGAACUCAGAGGGGCUGUUACGUCAGCAGAAAGACGCUCAAAAUUUAAUAUGCCCUGAAGAUUUGAAGAAAGCCUUUGACGUGAUGGAAUAUGACUCAGUUCAUUUACAAAAAAAGGAGAAGCUGAGAAAAUUGCUGCAAGAAGAACAGAAUGAGAUGAUGAAAGAACUUGAAUUUAGAGAGAGCAAGAAGGAAUGUGGUUACUGUGUCAAGAAGACCCAAGAAGCUAUUGACCGCGAAGAAGAAAUAGAGAAGGAAAAGGUCAUUGAGUGCCGCAAAGCGUUGGAAAAGGAGAAGAUAGCAUCUGGGAAAUACUACACUAAAGCUGAUGAGUUAACGCUCAGGCAAAGUCAAAGGUUACAGAUGCAGGAAAAGAGGAAUAUUGAAAAAGAAGAAAAAGUGAUUGAUUUGAUGUGGCAUGACAUGUUAUUACAAGAAGUUAAGAUGAUGAAAGAGAAAGAAGAUUACGACGCUGAAGUAUCGAGACAAGAGAUGAAACAACGCAGACAGGCGUACGACGAACAAAUAGCAAGCGCCAACAGACAACGCCGGGAAAUUAUUGAAAAUGAGCGGGAAAAUGAGAACAGAAGGUUACAGAAGAUGAAAGAAAUUAUGGAGAAUGAAUAUUAUAUGGCAUUAAAAAGAAAGAAAAGGCUGGCUAUGGAAAACAAAAAGAACUUUCUUGAGGGUCACGAAAUGAAAAUAAAUCGACUCAAACACGAAAAAGACAUCGAAAAAGACAUUGAUUUAAAAUGUAUAGAAGUUUCGAAUGAGGAGCUACGGAGAGAAAAGAAAAAUAAACUUGAAAAGAUUAGGCAAUUGCAAAACGAAAAGCAAAUCUUCGUAGACAACUCAAGAGUAGAGAAAAGUUUGCUGGAAAAAUUAAGCAAGGAAACAGAGUCAGUUAUUUCCGAAUGGAAAAGGGAAGAAGAUAAUCAAAUAUACAAGCAAUUGAAGAAACUUGAAGAGGAAAAUUUUAGAAGUAAACAGGAAGCACUUACCGAAUACAGAAGAUACAUAGACGCGAGGAACAAAGAACUGGAGAAGAAGAGACAGAACAGAGUAGAAUGUAUGGAGGCCGUUAGAAGGAGGGCGCUACAGGAGCUGCAGAGGAACAUGGACAGAGCGAACGAGGAGUUGAGAAAACAGCUCGACUAUAGACAGAAAUUGACCAAGCAGAUCUAUGAUAAUCAAAGAGUUUUGGAAUCGGAGACCACCGAAAAUGAACAAAAGUUGUUGCCGUUUACAAGAGGAGCUAUCACUUUUAAAGAUGCCAUGAUGAAUAAGUUAAACUACUCAACGCAGAGAAAAAGUCAUGUUCAUCCCUUUGCUAAAAUGGUAUCUGCGGACAUCCAAUAUAACAACACGAAAUUUCUACCAACAUUGAAGAAGAUCUUUUAUAAUAGCAACCAUGUACCUUAGAAGUAUUCGCAGA